UCGUGACACCCUCAGAACGCGAUUGCUCUGUAUAUGUGCCCGCAGGUUGGGAUUGUCGCCGUUGCCGAGCCGCUGUCGUGGGAGAGCCUCGGGGAUGAAGUUGGGAGCUACCUGCCUGCUGUGCUUGCUGCUCACCUGCAUGGCCCCGCCCGCCGCCGGCCGCCUCCGUGUGCACUCCAUGGAAAUCAGGAGUAAGGAGAGCAGGAACCCAGACAUCGACCCCUUCUGGUACACCGGCCGUGGCAUCAGGCCCGUGGGGCGAUUCGGGCGACGGCGAGCACUUGGGGAAAGCCCCCAACCCAGGGGGGCUGUCCUGAAUCCUGCCUGCAUCCCCGCGCACACCCAGCCCCCCCGGGAGCAGCAGAGUGCCUGAGCUGAAG